UGUGUCUUUUGCAGGUGGCUGGGUCGAGGUGCCACUCUAAGUUCUUGGUCUAGUGCACUCGGGGCACUCAAUCAGGCUCGGACUUUUAACUUCCAAAAAGAGGGAUGGCACACGAGGAUGAAGGGAGGUGGUAAGUGGGUGGUGGAGCAAGUGCACGAGGACCUCCACCUGUCAGUGCAAGAGGACCUCCACCUGUCAGUGCAAGAGGACCUCCACCAUCACCAAGACAAGUUAACCAGCGCAGAACCAGGUCUUCACCUACUCGUGAUACACCAGUAUACAGCCAGGGUGUUGGUGAGGCGGGUGUUCCAGACGCAGGAGCCGUACGCCUGGUGGGGGGACCUCGUGUGGUGGGUGAGUCGCGUGGCUUCUGGUCGUCUUGUGGUGAUGAGCUGUGCUGGUUAUGCCAGCCUUGGUCUGCGCCACGCCCGUACCCUCUUUCAGGACCUGGGAGCUGUUUUCGUCCCCUAUCUAGGCUACCAAACCUCCUGGUGCUGGGCCUUCGUCAAGGGUGGCCGUACCCUCUACGAGGCAGUCAUUAGGGGUAAAUCUGCCACCCAGAUGAUACCAGACCCAGAGUACGCCAGCAACAGUGUGUACGCCGAAGGUGCUCUCCUGCCCUUGUAUAACCCACGACCUUCUGUUAUCAAUGCCACUGACCUAGCGCGAUGGCAGUACUGCGAGGCUCAUGGUGCCAUGGGUGGGCUCUGUGAUGAGUGGUCCCCAGACCCAUUACCAUUGCCCUCUGCUCCACCGGUGGGUCUGCAGACGGCCCUGGCUGGGGUGGGUGUGGUGGUGACAGCAGGUAAUAGACAUCAGUACCUCUACCACACCCUCACCACCCUGCUGGCCACACCAGGGGCACAACAACACAACGUCUUCGUUGUCCUCGGUGAUGCCCCGCCGUCCACAACACAACUUCUUCGUCUUCUCGACCUCAACUUCACCAAAGUUGCCGUCCAGGGACAAGACAAUGAUAAGCUCUUCCGCUACUACCGCAGUGUCUUCCAGUUAGCAGUUAACACCUUCCCUGACGCUCCAGCGGUCAUAUUCCUAGAUGAAGACGUCGAAGUUUCACCAGACUUCUUCUCCUUCAUGAGCCAGACUCUCUGGCUGCUUCACGCUGACCCAACUAUCUACUGCAUCAAUGCCUUCUCAUUCCUACCAGACAUGGGAAGAGGUCGAGGGCCACAGUACGUGAGACGGGGAGAGGUACAGGUCUCUUGGGGCUAUGCUGUGACCCUAAACUUCAUAAGGGAGGCCCUGAAGAUGUGGCCUCACGGGAUAAAUGGACUAGACAUACACACAUACGACUACUGGUUGUACGACAAGGUGCGAGGUGAGAGGGAGUGUAUUUAUCCGGAGGUAAGCCGUCUGCGGCACUACGGAGUGGGAGUAAACACCGUCCCUUACAUGCACGAGUACGAGUCCUUACACCGGCCACUAUUGCACGCACCACCCGUGCCUCUCCUCAACGCUGCCCUAAUGAGCUACGCCAACCACGAGACCGACUUUGUGAGAGGACUGAAGACAGCAACAGAAGUAGAGGCCACAGCCCCCUGCGACCCGCACUUCCCGGACAGGGCAAGAAGGGCCACAGGACCUCUGGUGGUUUUUUUCAAUCAAACAGAAGCAGACGACGUCAGCAGCUGGGUGGAAAUGGGUCUCUGUGCUGGACUACACCCUGUGUCAGAGCAGGACAACCACGCUGGGGCACACUUAGCUUUCUACCCCCGCUACCUACACCCUCCAGUCCCACGCAACACCCACCCACUCAACAGGUACGGUUUUAAUUACUACACCCCUCAGGAGCUAGGAAAGAGUGAAGCCAUGUACACCAGAGUGUACUACGUGGGAGUACCCUACUCCAGGUAUACUCACCUCAAGCCACACUCAGCACCAGUGUUCGACACCUCUGCUAUGACCUCAGACCAGCUAGACGAUCACUAUAACAAGUUCUCUGACACACUUAGUAAAUUACUUCUCAACACUACCUACUACAACUGUUACAAAUUAAUAUCAGAAUUUACACAAAAUAGUGAAUAAACAUUGUAUUCACAUCGUGUUAAUUUAUAUAAAUAUUUCUAGAA